GAAAAGAAAACAGCCUUGGCUAGAAAGGAGCAACGGGCUGGCUCUGGUCCAAGUAGGCUGUACAAUCUUGAACUUACGCAAUAACUAAGCUCGACUAUUUCAGAUUUCAAAGCACUGACAAGCACUUGUCAUUCACAAGAAUCACCACCCAGGAAAUUUAGCAAAAUGGCUGACCUGAUGAACAAUGAUGUGUUCCUGGCCUUCUCCACAUAUGCCACUAUUGUAGUCCUCAAAAUGAUGUUCAUGGCCCCUCUGACUGGAUACUUCAGGAUAACCAGAAAGGCUUUUUCAAACUGGGAGGACACUGCGAUAGGCAAAAAAAAUCCAGAGGACAGAAAGAAGAUGCUCCAGACCAAUCCUGAUGUAGAACGUGUGCGAAGAUGCCAUCAAAAUGACCUGGAGAACAUCAUUCCCUUUGUGGUGAUUGGUCUUCUGUAUGCAUUCACGGGGCCGGAUCUAUCCACUGCUCUGCUGCACUUCCGAGUCUUUGUGGGGUCACGUUUCAUCCACACUGUAUCUUACAUUUUGGCUUUGCCCCAGCCUAGCAGAGGUCUGUCCUGGAUAGUGGGAAUGAUCACAACUUUCUCAAUGGCCUACAGGGUGCUCACCACAGCACUGCUUCUGUAAAGACACUGUAGCACUGCAGAACGGGAGACGCCUGGCUGUUUUAUAUCAUUUACUGUCCCUGGUGUUAUCUUUUCUUAUGUAAUUCAUAAUAAAAUCUGUCAGCAUGUCACCAGCAUACAGGUAUUUAAACAUGAGUCUGUGAAGGUACUGUUGUAAUUUCACUGUCCCAACUAACAAAUGUUUGUUAAGAGGCAACAAGUCAUUGUCACAGUGACUCAGCAUUAAAAAGAGGGUCGCUUUCAAUGCCAACAGGCUUUUUAGGAUGCAUUCCAAGCUCUUUAACCUGCUUUUCUUCAUUGCUUAAACAGGACCUUUUUAUUUCACAGUCUUAUCUUGUCUGUUUAAGGGUGCAAAGACCAGUUUGGAAGAUUUCUGCAAACCGCUUUUUGUUGCAUAAUAUGAAAUGUGAGGACACCAUAAAAAGCAAGCAUACUUGCCAGCUGUGUUAUGUAGCUGACUUUAGAAUGAAUUAGCAUUAAGGUUUGAUUUGGCCAGAAUACCUUACUAUACAGAUCAAAAUAAUCAAUAAACAAGCUCCACAUAUAAAUACUGUAAACAUUAGGUGACAAGGUCCAUCUCGAGUAUAGCAAUGAAAUAAGCUGAACAGUAGGCUAUUUUGUUAUAUGCACUUGCUGCGUCUGGUUUACACUGCACAGUUUUUAAAAUAACUUUAAAAGAGUGCAUUGAUAUAAAUUAUUUUGUUCGAUAAGGUGGGAAAAUAUAAUCCUUAAUAAGUACAUUGGAAUUUCUUCAAGCAUAACUGUUGUGUGUUCAAUAAUAGCGACGUCGUUCUUUUGAGUCGGAUCUUUUGACAAACUGAACCUAGCCUAAAUAAACAAGUUUAAUAAAAGAUAUAUUAGUAAACAAAAAUGUAUUGUAUUACUUUUUUUUUUUUUUUUUUU